AUGUACGCCCAUGCACGUGCAGCUAGUAUUGACAUCUCGAAAGAAGACCUAGUAACUCCUGUAACAUAUUUUUUUCCUCCCUACUUUCACAAAAUGGAUGUUCAAGAAAUAGAUGAAAAGAUCAUUUCGGAAGGAAAUUAUGUACGAAAUGCAUUGCAUACAAAUAAUGUAAAAAUAAAGACAUCGAAUAUUGUAAAUAAUAUGGAGGCUAUUGAAGGUAGUAAUAAGAAUUUUUUAACACUAAAUGAAAAUUUGAUAUCAAAAAUAAGAAGUGAUGGUUUUGAAAUAAUAAAAAAAGAAGGAGAGAUAUUAGACGUAAAUUCACGGAAUGUUUGUUAUGCUUUAAAAAAUGGGAAAUUUCGUUUAAUUAAUCAAAAUGGAAUAAAUACAACAAGGAUAAAAUUGUUAUAUGACAAUGAAGUUUUAUAUGUUUGUUUUAAUAAAGAAAAUGGUAAUUAUUUAUUAUUAUUAGAUAAUAAAGGUCAUUUAUAUAUUUACAAAAUUAAUGAAUAUAAAGUUGAUUUGAUACUUUGUUUAAAUUUUCCACCAUAUCAAAAAAAAUUCACCAUGCCAACUUCUUCUGCUAAUUCAAAAUUUUCUGUCAUCUCAUCCACCUGUACUGUUAAUGCAAAAGAUAUUAAAAAUGUGAUAAAAAGUGAUAUUCCCAAAAAAGCUAGCUGGCUACCAAAAAGUGAUAAACUUUUUAUUACUGGUCAUAAUAAUUGUUUAUAUAUUUGGAACGUAACCUUACUAACUAAUGCAAUGAUAACAAAUAAACUUAAAGAUGAAAUUGAUGUAAAUGAUAAGUUAGUGUCCAUGUGUGCUAUAUCGUUAUCUUUCGAACAUGUAUUUCAUAAGUAUAAUUAUUUAUGUAAAGAGCAAAAUUUGAGUACAGAGAACGAAGAUAACAGGUAUGAUAAAAUUUUUUUAAACACCUACUGUUUAAGUCUAAAUGGGAAAUAUAUAUUUGCAUUAAUAAAUAAUUACUAUUCUAUUAUAUGGGAUGUAGAGCGGAACAAUCAGUAUCUUAAAAUUACGUUAGUUGGUUUCUCAUCAUUAAAAAAGGAAAUAAAAAAUGUGAAGAAGCAGUUGCACAUUGAUUCGGCUAGCACACACAGGAGUGAGCAAGGGUUUCUUUCCAUUAAUAAGGAUCCACAGAAGUCUGACAGUUGCAGCUCGAUCAAUGGCGAAAUAUCGUCAGUCCACAUGCUGAACACCUUUUUCCACUAUAAUAGGAACAGCACUAGCAGCGGUGAUCACGACAAUAGUAAUGACAAUAACAGCGGCAGUGGCGGCUGUAUUAAUGAUGGCAGUCAGAGCACUUACUACCUACUCGUUUUCCAUAGCGGAUCAUGUAUAUCAGUGUUUCCCUUCAAAAACAAUAUUAUCGUAGACGAAAAUUUUUCGGAGCGCAUAGAUAUUCUAAACGAAAGUAGCAUACAAAAUAUAUAUGUGGAGAAGGAUAUAACGAAUAUUGAAAACAUAGAGAUGUUUAUAGAUCCAUCUGAGUUUUUCGUCUUCCUUAGUUUGUCUUACACAAUUUUUAACAAACAUAAAAAAGUAGAUGUUAGUAGAAGUUUAUUAUUCAUUCUUGAAAUUUUAAAUAAAAAAAGAUUAAAUUUUAAAAUUCAGCCCAAAUUUGUUCUACUACCAAAUAAAACUAUUCUACCCUUAUGUUCUAUUAGAUUAAUAAAAAUAAAUGAUUGUUUAAAAUUCUCAAAAGUUUUAAAUGUAUCAGUUUCAUCAACUACUCUAAAUAUUAUUAAUCUUUUUGUGUUUUCUAUUAUUUUUAAUUCAUUGAAAAAGAGUGUAAGUGUUCAGUCCUUUUCAGCUCCAAUACCGUUACUUAUGGGGGACGUAUGCAAUACCAAGGAGGGGCAGCAACCAUCCAUUGCAUGUGAUCAGAGUAACUCAUUGGAGGUAGAUACACAUGUAAAGCAAGGAGAUACACAUAAUGAUUUGGUUAAAUCUGCUAAUAGUAACAUUUUGAAAGGUACAUGUGAAGAGAGUAAUAAUACAUAUGCUAGUAGUAAGGCCCCUAUGGGGGAUGAGUUAUAUUUGGCUGACAACGAAUAUGACGCAUAUAAUAAUCUGGAUGAGCAAAAGAGAAACAUAAUGGUGCAUUAUGAAGAUUUCUUUAGGGCGAUAAAGGAUAAAGGAGGAGUUGUUGGGAAUAGAAUGGAGAGGCAUUUGGUAGGUGAAAAAACAGAUUCAGUUCAUAUGAGAAUGCAUAAUGAUAUGGCUCAAGGUCGUGAGAGUGUUAUUCAUAAGAAUGUCUUGCAUCAUGAUGCGGUAGAUGGAAUGAAUAUGCUUCAGAAAAUAAAAAAUUUGACUAAAAUGGGAGAUGAUUACCUAAAUGACCAUAAUAAUAGUACCCAGCACAUAGGUAAUAAUAUUGAGGAGGUGAAGAAGCAGGAGAUGAUUGAGGAUACUGCCAACAGUAGAAGAGGCAUGAGUAGAAGCAGCAACAAGAACAGCGACGAGGUUACCACGGGAAGUGCAAGUAAUAGUAACGAAGCGAAUAUAAAGAAAACAAGAAAGUUAAAAAAGGAGCUAAAAGGAGGAGCAGUGGGGGAGAAAGAGGACAAGCAGGGAUUACGCAAAGGAAGCGAAUUAAUAGGGCAUAAUGAACAUAAAGACUUAACGGCUCCCUUAAAUGAAAUGGGAAUAUUGAGGAGAACGGAUAAGGAUAAAAUGUAUGAAAAGGAUAUGAAUAAUAUAGACAAUCGCACAAGUGUAAAGAGCCACGUGUUAGAAAAUAGUCCAUUGUUGGAUAGUAGUCAUGUACUGGAAAAUUGCCUGAACAAUCUAAUGAAUGAGUCCAAUGAACGCUCUGAUGGACAACAUAUUAAUAAAAAGGGUUCUCAUGAAGAUGAAGAUUUAGAUCAAUUUUUAAAUUAUUCCAUUAAAGAGAUAAAGAAAAAUAAAAAAAAAUCUUCCUUCGAUGAGACAUUCACACUAAACGAUGAUAUGGGUAAUAUCAAACUGAAAGAGUUUUGUGCUAAAAGAAAAAACAGCUCACAUUUGGAGUCCAAAAAGAUGAGCGUUUCUUCCUUGUGCAGUAGCAGUAGAUAUAAGGAAGUGAAUACUUUAGGAGCACAAAAGGGAGGAAAAAAUGAAGAGAAAGGAGAAAAGCAAGGAGUACUGCAAGAAGUUGGAGGAGUUCCAUUGGGAAAAGUCGAAGGAGAAGAGGCAGAGGAAGCAGAAGAACACGCAGGUAACAAGAAAAAUCCUUUCAACGAAACCAAACAAAUUGUGGAUUUAAUUUUUUCUGAUCACUCGGAAAUGAAGUUAGGAUAUGGAAAUGAUGAAAAGAACACGCUGGACUAUAACAGUAAUAUUGAUAUAAUAAUGUCAACACAUGAAGAUGCCUUAAAGAGGUUCAUGGAAUGUGAAGAGGAAGAGAAUGAGGAGGACAAGAGGAGUCUUCAUCAUGGUAGUAAUAAUAAUAAGAUAGUGAUAAGUAAGGGUUAUGCAGAUGGACUGAUAGAGAAAAGAGGGCAUAAGGAGAGUGAAAACAGCGAAAUAGGCAAAAUAAGUAGAAACAACGAAAUUAACAGAAACAGUGAAAUACGCGAUAAUGUUGGCGAAGGAUCUUUUCUGCAAAGCCAGGUGCAUGAGGAGGAGGAGAAAGGGGCGCAUGCAAAAGACGAAAACGAGCAGAAGCAGUACGAUGAUUUUAGAGGACCUGAGAAGGAAAAAGAAAAAGCAAAGGAAAAAGUAAAGGAAAAAGAAGAAAAAAAUGAAAAGGAAAAAGAAGAAGAAAAUGAAAAGGAAAAUGAAAAGGAAAAGGAAAAGGAAAAAGUAAAGGAAAAGGAAAAGGAAAAAGUAAAGGAAAAGGAAAAAGUAAAGGAAAAUGAAGGUAAGAAGAAUCAUGAAAUUUAUGCAAAGAAGGAAAAAAAUCUGAAUUCCUUUUUGCAUAAACUGGGGUUUUUUAAAAGCAGCCAAGCAGCUUCACCCGGACCAGAAGUACAUCCUUCAGAAGGUGCAGUUAUUACUACUUCAAACGUGGCACAUAUCUCUUCAAAGGAGUGUAACAACAACAGAGGGGUAAGAAGCAAAUCGCAGUUAGGUAGUGAUAACUGUUUGGUACCCAUCCAAAUUCAGAUGAGUGAAGAAAAGAGGGAUCAGUUGGGAAGCAGUAACCAUUUAUGUAGUACUAAUCAGGUAAGUGGUAGCAACGAGCCAAGUGGUUGUACCCAGGAUCAUACCCUCAGUGAACAUUUUAAAAGAGAGGAAUGCAUUAGGAAAGAUGGAAAAAUAGAGGAAACUCCCUCUGUUCCGACGAAAGCAAUUAACAUUGAUAUUGUAGAAAAAAGCAGUACAAAGGGAAUCUUAACAAUGUAUGAUGGAAUGACAAAAGGUAAGGAGGAGAUAGACGAUAGGGCAGGUGGUAGUAAUGCUGCCAUACAUAUUAACAAGGGUAAUGAUAAUGGAGGGGAGAGGGGAAACCAUUAUCUUACCAUUUCAGAUGAUAUAAUGAAAGUUAUGUGUGAUGAAGUAUGUCAGCGUGUGAGUUCAAAAAUGGCAAAGAUGAUUUACGAAGAGUUAAGAGGUAAAAAUAUGGUUAACGAGGGUAACUUAAGUGCGUUUAAUAGAGUAGGCAGAAACCCGGAUGAGGAAAGUAGUAAACUAACCAAUAAUAAUAACAACGAUGGUAGCAGGCACAAUAAUGGUGCUAGUAGUCAUGAUAAUAACAAAGCAAGUAACAGUAGCAAUACUAAUAACAAUUAUUACAAAGAAAUAGGGUGCAUGUUGAACAGUUGUAACAAGAAAAUAAGUGAAAUGAAAGAGGAGAUAAUGAAUAUAAAAAAUUCAAAUAAAAAUAUGAAUUUAAAAGUUGCAUCAAUAAAUAAUAAUGUAUGUAAAAUAUAUGAGUGUGUGAUUAAGAAUAAUUCAUAUCAAAAGGUUCAGAAUAGUAGUUCUAACGGAAAUGAUAUAAAAUUAGAAAAAAUGAUGAAUGAAAUAAAUAAUUUUAAGAAAUAUAUAAAUAACACGAUAAAUAAAUUAUCAGAAAAUUUAGGUGUUAUGUCAGAUGAAUUGAAAAAUAAUUUUAACAAAACUCUUAGGGGAAAUAAUGAAAAUUUGAAAAAGAUUUUGCAAGAUGUACAACAUAGUAAAAAGGUAGAACCCACUCAGGUGGACCUAAAAAAUGGCAAAAGGGUUGGCGGUGGUGGUACUACUGCCAAUGGGAAUAGCGGUAAUAGUAGUGGCAGCGGAGGAGGUCCAUAUAGCAAAGAAUUGACGGAGUUUUUUAAUAAUGCACAUCAAAAUGCUUUGAAGAAAAUCAUGCCUUCUGUUAUAUCAUCCGAAAUUCAUUUUCAAUUUUCCAAGAGUGUUAUUCCAGGUAUGAAAGAAGCGUAUAACACGGGUUUUCAGUCCAUAAAAGAUUCCUUUAUUUCUUUAUUGUUAGAAAAUAAGCAUUUGUUAAGUGAAGAAAUAAGUGCAAUAGAAAAGAAUAUAUAUGAUAAAUUGGAACGAAAUAAUGAAGACUUUGUGUUAUCUGUAAAUAACAAACUCGACCAGUUGCAAAAGGAAGUAAAGUUAUUCACCUACAACAUCAAUCAGCAGAUAGCCUAUUUGCACGAUGAUAUAAACGAGUUGAGUAAGAAGCCCCUGCAGUUGAACGACCAAACUGUGGAAAAUGUGAUAGUAGCUGGUGAAGGAGCGGACGAAGAAGCAGAUGCAAUGGAAGAAGCGGAUGUAGUGGAAGAAGCAGAUGUAGUGGAAGAAGCAGAUGUAGUGGAAGAAGCGGAUGUAGUGGAAGAAGCGGAUGUAAUGGAAGAAGCGGUUGUAAUGGACGAGGAGGAAUAUGAAGAGGAUGAUAAGGAGAUGCUUUAUCUUAGUAACAAUAAACAGAGUGAUAUCCAUCACUAUAAUAAUACACCAAAUAUGAGUAACAAGAACAAUUGUACCAAAAAUAAUAGUGAUAAGAGCUCGAUUGUUGAAAUAAAAAGAAAUUAUGACUACAGUAUGCAACAGAGAAAUGAUCCAACAGAUAUUAUAAUUAAGGGAAGGAUUAAUCAUUUGUUAAGUGAACAUGAAUAUAACCAAGCAUUUAUAUUAGCUCUUUCAAUAGAUAUUGAAAAAAAUACGAAUGCUUACUGGGUACUACAAUUAUGUUAUCGAUUUCAUUCAAUUCUUUCAUUAGAUAAUUCUCUACCUAUAAGUCAACCAGCCUUAUUAGGUAUAAGUAAUAUAUUAUGUGAAUCUUUAAUAAAAUCUUCGAACUUAAAUCUGGACGAUGCUGAUUUUCGUAUUAAAUGGGUUAUUGAAUGUCUUCAACAAUUAGAUGUGAAUCAUUCAGCUUUAAUUAAAACUAAUGCUUUUAUGUUUAUUAAAAAUAUGCUUAACAAUAUAUGUACAUUUUCUUAUCAUAUUGAGAGUAAUAUGUCUAAUUUAAAUGAAAAUUCUUCAAAUUUUUUGAAGAGCCAUUUUAACAAUAAGCUGCUUUUAAAUUGUAAUCCCUGCACCAGUGAAGCUAGUAAAAUUGGUGAUAACAGAAAUAGAGAUAGCAAAAAGAAUGAUAGCAGUAAUAACAUGUAUAAUAAGUAUAACAACAAUAACAACUAUAACAGUAAUAAUAAUAUGCGAUACAUGAACCAAGUCAGCUCCUCAAAUAGUAAAAGUCUGCAGUUGGAUUCAAAUGAAAAUUACUUUAUUUACAAUAGGCAUAUGCUCUCCCUUAUACAGGACAAGCUACUACAAGUUAGGAAGCUUCUAAAGAGGUAUAUUAUUAUUACACAUUUGAAAACUAUUUAA